CCGCCACGAGAGCGCGAAGAACGACGCUGCAACACGACGCUCGAUUCGAAAAGUUGGCGCGCAAAUUACGAAAACCGCACUGGUUGUCGAAAACUUUAAUCAAAGUCAUGAUGCUGAUGUUGUAUUUCGUUGUUUUGGGUUUGAAUGUCGUGAACGCCGUUUAUUUCACCAUGACUAAUAUGGAAGGAGUGAUACCCGUUGUAGAAGACAAACUACACCACCUGGCACUAUCCAGAAUACAAGCUGGCGAAGGAAGCGCAAACAUGACUUACUCCAUCCAAAAUUUCCAGAAAAUAUACAACGACGUAGUUAGUAUAGAUCACAACACAGGGGAUAUAUACAUAUCGUCACCAGGGCCCUUUAAUACCUCCUUGAAGGUUGGCGUGAAGGAUAUGAAUAAUUCAAGUUCAACUACUUAUUUAAAGAUUUCUCUUCAGAAUAGAUCGACAUGUGACGACACUCUAUUUAAUUCAAUCUGUUUCUGGUCAAAGAUAACUUAUCAAGUGAAGGAGAACAGUCCAGGGUUGGCUUUAGGAUCUCUGGCUCCUGUCUACGAUUUUAGGGAGUGUAAUGUCACAGAUAUUUUUUAUACUCUACAGUCAGAGAGUGAAAUAUUUAAACUCCGACGUCCCACAGCGAAAAUAAAAUACUGGACUGUGGCAACCGGCUUAAUUUUAAAUAGAACUUUGCACGGGAAAGAGCUUACUUUCAAUGUGACCUGUAGCGUAUCAACGACGAAGAUCUUCGAAUAUACGAAAUCUUUAAAGCUCAAAAUCGUAGAUCUGAAUGAUAAUCUACCGGUUCCGGAAAUGUUGGACGUUUUUGUCCGAUUUCAUGGAACGAAAAUCAAAAAGGGAGAAACUGUGGUCCAGGAUCUUGUUUUUCUUGAUGAAGAUGAUCAUGACGUAAACAUUUAUAGGUUCUUUAUACCGAACAAAACCAUUUCGGAAUAUUUUGAGCCUGACUGUAUGGUAGAUCACAGGAAAAGGACAAAAAUAAUUUGCUUAAUAAAAUCCAAAAAAUCGAAGAUUUUUAAGAAGGGUGAGCGAAUCAAUUUUUUAUUGGGAUUGCAAGAUACAAAUUUGGAACUUAAGACAGAAAACAACACCGCCUAUAUUAAUAUAGAAAUAGAGUUUACACAUUUUCUAGCCAAACGCUCACUUAACUUUUUCAGAAAUAACAGUAAAAUUUUCAGAACAGCAGCACCUUUCGCUAGAGUUACACAACCAGAAGAAACAAUUAAAUCCAUAAAGCAUUACCACAUAAAAAUACUGAAUGCUAAGAAAAACCCUUUUAAAAUUACCAAAGAGGGAAUAGUAUAUGUGUCUGAUACCGAAGCUUUAAGAGAAUCUCCUGAAUUUCUAAGGAUGAAUAUAUCUUGGCUGAAAGUAAAUACUACAAAUAGUGAAGAAGUAGUUGUCAGAAUAGUCGAAGAACCGACAAAAACUUGUGAAAAUGUUACAGACUGGACUUUUUGUUCACAUUUUCCUAAUCAGAAAGAAUGUACUAGUAGAGAUUCGUGUGCUUUGGGUACAGGAGGAGCUACUAAUGUCGAAAACCGGGCUGGACCACAAAGAUGUCUAUGGCGAGGUGAUAAAAGUCCAGAUAAUCACGAAAGUCAUAUUUACUCUACUUGUUCAGCCGAUACAAAAUACUGUCCUGACGGUAUAUGUGACUCUUUAGAGGAACUAGAUGUAAAGAGAAUUUGUCCACAGGAUUGUUCCAAAGAUUCAGUUUUCCCGGCAACAGUCAACGAAGUAACCAAGAAAGGCAUAGAUAAAUGUAAUGGAAUCUUAAUUUGCGAACAGAGUUGUUUGUGCAAAAUAAAUUUCAAAAAAAUGCUUCUGGCAUCAGGAGUAUCUAAGGAAAAACCUAAACCUUUGGAGAACAAAUUUGUAGAAGAAACAAAAUGCGGAGCCGACUGUAUUGUAGGCACUGCUGGAGGUUUGCUACUUCUAGUGUGUGUCAUAGCUGGUUUUGUGAUAAUGUGGAAAAGAAGACACGGAAAGAAAAUAGCUGAGAAAUAUAUAAACAGUGGUCAAGAAGCAGAGACACCUUUUUCAGACUACAUAGACAGAAAUACGGAGCCUAUGGUUUUGAAUUUCAAUAUAUCAUCACCGUUGGGACCAGGCAAUGGCAAUUUUGUAAAAACAAAAAUUGAGAUUGAUACAAAAUGGGAAUUCCCACGGGAUCAAAUUGUAAUCGACCAAAUACUUGGAGAAGGUGAAUUUGGAAAGGUCCUGAAAGCAAAAGCUUUCAAUAUAGCUGGAAGACCAGGUUACUCCUUGGUAGCGGUCAAAACACUUAAAGAUGAUGCCAGGAAACAAGACUACAACGACUUAUACUCAGAAUAUCAACUUUUAAAAGAAGUGUCUCAUCCCCACGUCAUAGGAUUAUUAGGGAUUUGUUCUACUAGCGAUGGUCCGUUGUUUGUCAUUAUCGAAUAUGCGGAAUUCGGAUCACUGAGGAAUUAUUUGAGGAGGAGUAGGCAUUUGCUCACAAAUGCUGAAGUGGCCGCCAUUGAAGAUAGCACAGACAACAAAGUCGCAGCCAGAGAUAUUUUGUCAUUUGCCAGACAGAUUGCCAGCGGAAUGUCAUAUCUUAGCGACAUAAAAUUGGUUCACAGAGACUUGGCUGCCAGGAAUAUACUUCUAGCGAAGAAUAAAGUUUGUAAAAUUUCGGAUUUUGGUUUGACACGUGACAUUUAUGAAGAUAAUGCUUACUUUAAACGAAGUAAAGGCAGAGUUCCAGUAAAAUGGAUGGCUCCAGAAUCCUUGGCAGACCACAUUUACACCACCAAAUCCGAUGUGUGGAGUUUUGGAAUACUAAUAUGGGAAUUGGUAACUUUGGGAGCUAGUCCUUAUCCUGGAUUACCAGUUCACAAUUUAUACAAUCUCCUAAAACAAGGAUAUCGAAUGGAAAGGCCCCCAAACUGUUCCAUAGUUUUGUACUCAUUGAUGAAUAGGUGUUGGAACAUAGAUCCAGAAAAGCGACCGUCCUUUUUAGAUCUGUAUCACUGCUUCGAAAAUUUAUUGACCGACAAUGUAAACUACUUAGAUUUAUCCGAUAAUGCAAUAAUAAACAAAUGUUAUUUUUCCACAUUAACACACUCAGAUAAGUCUUCAAGUUCGGACAAAGAAGAUGUGAAUCUCUUACAAAACUAUCUCGAAAAAGAAAAAAAUUCUCAAAUAGCCGAAAAGUGCAAAUUAACGGAAUACCCCGAGGAAGUGAACAUGUGUAUAGGAUACGAAACACCAGUAAAAGUAAUCAGGGUUGUCACACCCACCAACCUGAGUCCUGAAGGAUAUACAGACAUGACUGUUAAAGAAUGAGAUAAGUUACUAUAAAAUAUUUAUUGUAGUUUGUAGAGGAUUCCAUUUUUAAUAAGUAUAUAUUAUAUAUAAGUCGGUAUGUCCUAUACUAAUUAUUAUUAUUAUAUAAAUAACAAAAAAUAAAUAUUACAGAAGAAAAAUUAUUGUUAUUUUAUUAUUUUCAACGUUACAAACUCUACAGAUUUACAUAUACAGACGUAAAAAAUACAUUUUAAAAAAUAACAGCUUCUUAUAACUAGAUGUAGAUUAACAAAAAUAACUGACGAUGUUAAACAUCAGGUAUGUGUCUUAUUCUAAGGUUUUAAAUAAUAUAAAAUAAAAAAA